GUCAUAGGUCAGAGUGGUAUACCAAGGACGAAAAAUGGCAGCGCCGUCUAAGAAGGUUUUCGAGGCGUUCGUUACUAAAAUACCAUGGACUGUGGCUGGCAAGGAGAUGAGGGAGUACUUUGGACAGUUUGGCUCAGUGAAGAAGUGUCUCCUACCAUUUGAUAAAGAAACAGGCUUCCACAGAGGCUUCUGCUGGAUUGGAUUCACAACAGAGGAAGGACUGAAUAAUGCACUCGAGAAAGACUCACACAUGCUGGAGGGAGCCAAGCUCCAGGUUCAGAGGAACAGACGUCCGUUUGCAGCACAGAAGUUGGACAAAGACGGUGAAUUGGACUGACGUUCUGUGGAUGAGACAGACCGGCAUGCUAUUGUGUUUUGCUUCAUAUUUGAAAAUUUUGCAGUUCUGUUGAGACCACAAGAAAACUUAAACUAGUACACCAGGGUUGGUGUGACGUCUUUGUUAGAUCUCAGAGCAUUCCCCCUUUUGUACACGUUCAGUCAGUUUGGGCCUGAUCGUUCUGUUCGUAUGAUCGUCAUUGUUUGAAUGGGCUGACCAAUAGCAUUGUCUUUAUUUAUUGUCAGUCAUCACGUUAAUGUAACGAUCCUGCCACAUCCCAGCUCACACUAACUUGUAAGGUUUAUGAAACAUCAUUCAUUAUUUUCCGAUAUAUGGCAAUAAAAAGAGCGUUUAUUUCCA